AGAAAAUGGCUGCUGCCAUGGCACACUCAUGACUUUUCCUCAACAACUGUGUCUCGUCUGUAUCAAAUUGUUCUUUUUCUCCCCCAAAUCAUACUGAAGAUUGCAGCGAUUACUUCAGGAUGGAUCUCCCUAAACCACCAGAAGAUCUUGAACUAAAGAACAUUAUAGACAAGUUAGCCAACUUCGUGGCUCGGAAUGGUCCAGAGUUUGAGUUCAUGACCAAAAACAAACAGAAAGACAAUCCCAAGUUUUCUUUCCUGUUUGGUGGGGAGUAUUUUAAUUACUAUCAGUACAAGGUGACAACAGAGCAGACAAUUAUUAACCAUCAGAAGCAAAAACUUGCAGAGCAGCAGCAGAAGUUAGCGCAACAACAAGUGAUAGUUCAGCAGGUGAUUACCCAGCAGGCCAUUCAAACAGCACCAUGGCAACAAAACCAGCAAGCGACUCAGCAAAUCCAGCAGCUCCAGCAGCAGAUACAACAACAACAACAGCGGAUGCAGGAGCAGAUCAAACAGAGCGAGCAGAAUCUGGCUGCGCAGUAUCAGAGCCUGAUACAGCAACAACAGAUUCAGAUUGAGGAUGCCAUUCUUAAGGCUCGAGACGAGAGGCUACAAGCGCUGAGUGAGAACAGUGGGAUAAGCAUAGAUGACCUGAACAAAGUCGUACAGCCGAUCAUCGAGUCCUGUACCAAAGAUGCCAUCUCUAAUGGCAAGACCUGGAUAUUCACCAGAAGUGUGGGAGAUGCUCAGUGUGAAUUUGUCACUUUGUACCUGCUCAAAAGGAUAACUGCAAGAGAAGCAAGUUUUCAGAUGAGACUACAUCUCAUUUACCUAAUCAAUGACUUGUUACAUCACUGCCAGAGGAAAAAUGCUGAUGACCUGAAAAUUGCAUUGGAGAAAAUUGUGGUACCUGCAUUUUGUACAGCAAGCACUGGUGUUGAGGAAGAAAAGAAGCAGAAACUGACAAAGCUGCUUAGUUUGUGGGAACAGAACAAGUACUUUUCACAAGCCACUAUUGAGCAAAUGAAAGAUUGUGCCCCAGUGUUAGCCAGUUACCAGGCCAGCUUGAUCACAGACCACGCCCACAUUGUGACCCAGAUUACUGGCUCAGUCCAGCAACAGUACUCUCAGCUGCAGAAACAACACCAGGAGUACGCUGCACACCUGAACACCCAACUGCAGGGGCAGCAGCAGCAGUUACAGCAACUCCUGCAGCAGCAGCAGUCUGCUGCACCGCCGACCACCCCUCAGGGUACAUCGUUGCCGAUAGCUCAGCCUGUUGUGGUCAACCCUGUGUUAGGCCAGUCAGCCCCCACCCUACCAGGUGCCCCGGCUGUGGUGCAGCCUGUGUCCCAGGCCGGGGUGAUAAGCUCCAGUCUCCCUGGUGCCCCUGGGGCGGUGCAGGCUGUCUCUCAGGCAGGAGUGAUCGGUGCUGCUAUCCCUGUACAGACCAACAUUCCAACUGUGGCCCCAGUGGGUACCUCCUUGGUCAGCACUCUGGUCACCCCUCAGACUAUCCCCCAGUCCGUCAUUGCUGGGCAGCCAGACACCCAGAUCACAGCUUUAACCAGCCAGCCUGUCUUCACACCUGGUAUAUCAGCACCAGGUCCCACGACCUCCGCCACAGCCACCUCUGUGAGUCUGGAGAGCUCGACCCCCUCUCUCCCCACCCUGGCGACUGCAACCCUAGGACCAGCUAUCAACACUAACAUCCCACCUCCGGCAUCAGGCCCCACCAUGGCCCCAGCAUCAGGCCCCACCAUGGCCCCAGCAUCAGGCCCCGCCAUGGCCCCAGCAUUUCCUAACCAGCCCCCACCAGGCCACCCAGCGGGAGGACCUCUCCCACAGUUCCCACCAUCUUUUGGCACUCCACCUCCAGGCUUCCCACCUUCCUUCAACAGGCCACCACCUUAUGACUACAACAUGGGUCCCAGGGGUCCUGCUGCUGCUCUUCCACCUCACCCUCCAGACUUCAGCACCCCACCCCCAGGCAUGCAGCUUCCUGACUUAAGUAAACCCCCGCCGGGCUUCCCAUUGGCCACUCCGCGCCUACCUCUACCCCCGGAAGUGGAUCUCACCCCAUCAGUGCCAUACUAUGAGUUACCUGCUGGUCUAAUGGCGCCGCUUGUCAAGCUUGAGGACACAGAAUACAGACCUCUGGACCCACGAGACAUCCGCCUACCCCCGCCAGCUCCACCCAGUGAGCGACUCCUGGCAGCCGUGGAGGCAUUCUACAGCUUACCCACCCAUGAGCGCCCUAGAGACAGUGAGGGCUGGGAGAAGCUAGGGCUGUAUGAGUUCUUCAAAGCAAAACAGAAGGCGAAGAAGAUAAAGGAAAGGGAACGAGAGAUGAUGCCGAACAGAAGGUCACCUUCAAGAUCACCCAUACCAGACUUCCGGCGCUCUAGGUCAAGGUCACCGGUGAGGCGGAGACGCAGAUACAAUAGUGGCAGGAGAAGCAACUCUCGGUCACGCUCCUGCUCGAGGUCACAUUCUCGUUCCAGUUCACCCCUUCCGUACCAACGCUCCAGCCGCUCCCCAUCUCCCACCAGGGCCUCACACUCGCAGAGGAAGUCACGCUCACGCAGUGCAACCCCACCCAGGGCAAGCUUUGCUGAACCCCUGAUGAACACAGGGCCUGUCUCAAAACUAGGAGAGGACAACAAAGGGCAUCAACUCCUCAUGAAAAUGGGUUGGGGAGGUCGUGGACUUGGGGCCACAGAGCAGGGUAUCGUGGAGCCUAUAAGUGGGGGAGAGGUCCGAGACAGGCAGGACAAGUUUAAAGGAGUUGGGAUCGACAUCAAAGAUCCGUUUGAACAGUUCAGGAAGAAUAAAAGUGCUGGGUUCAUACAGAGAAUGAGGGCCAGGGAUGAGAACAUCAAAGAGACGAAGAAGAAGCCAGACGAUAAGAACGGAGAUUGAGAGGUACAUAUGUGUUGUGAAACAGGAAGAAGUGCUGCCGUCUGAUGUACUGAUGAGGAGAAGAAUUUUGUGUAUAGUGCAGAGACAUUGUGUCCAGAUUUGGGAGUACAGACAUGGUUUACAGACCUGAUGGAUAGACAUAGUGUACAGACCAGGUGGAUGGACAUGGUGUACAGAUCUGGCUGAUAGACAUGAUCUACAGACCUGGUGGAUAGACAUGGUCUUCAAAUAUGGUGUAGAGACAUGGUUUACAAACCUGGUUGAUAGACAUGGUUUACAAACCUGGUUGAUAGACAUGGUGUACAGAUCUGGUAGAUAGACAUGAUCUACAGACCUGGUGUAAAGGCAUGAUGUAGAGACCUUGUUGACAAACAUUGUGUUGACAGACAUUGGAGUACAGA